AUGCACUCCUACAUUCGGCCAAACACGUACAUCGUCCUCCGCCUGCCCUCGGGCAUCCUGAAGCUGCUGGAGAUACUCCCAAAUACGAACAUAUCAAUAGGCAAAUUCGGCACCUUUCAAGCAAACUCACUGCUCGGACGCCCAUACUACCUUACUUUUGAGAUCCUCGAUAAAGAAGGAGAUUCAAACUCGGAACUGCGCGUGGUCCCUGCUGCAGAGCUUCAUGAAAGCUCCCUUACCACCGCCGAAGAUGACACGCCAGCCGAGUCGACAGACGAGCCCGCAGACGGUGGGGCCGAGUUUGAUAUCGUGGGGGAUAAUGGGGAAAUCAUAAUGCAGAGUAAUCGUUUGACGAUAGAUGACCCGUCACGGCAGACAUUAACUAUGGAAGAGAUUGAGGAGCUCAAAAAGGCCGGCACUGGGUCCGGCAAGGAAGUAAUAGCCAGGAUUAUGAAGUCGCAUCAGGCGAUAGACGAGAAAACACCCUUCUCGCUGGCUAAAUACACCCUGCGGAAGUCGAGAAAAUAUUUGCGCAGGUUUACUGUGUUCCCAGCGGAUGUUAAUAUGCUCUCGGAAUAUGUCUUAGACAAAGAAGCGCAUAGGAUUAUGGAGCUGAGAGAAGAGAAUUUGGGCCUCAUCAACAGCUGGGCUAAUAUUCAUUGCGCCGAAUCGAGUUCUAUAGUACCCUCCUCAUGCGGCAAGGGGAUGAUUGGGGGUGGCCGGUGGCUCGUCGUGGACGACACGGGGGGGCUCCUUGUGGCGUCCUUGGCUGAGAGAAUGGGCCUUCUCUACCCAGAAGAGUCAGAAGACGAAGCCUCGGGGAAGGAGGAAGAAGCCAUCGAGAGUAAGCCGACGGAGGAGUCCAAAUCGAAUGGUAUACCGGAAGAAGAUGCCAUGGUCAUAGACACUCCGGCGGAGGGAACCUCAGAAACCACCAAACAGGAACCACCAGAAGCACCAAAAGAAGCCAAUACAACCACAUCAGAAAGCAACCCUUCAAAACCUCGAACGCCACGGGCUGCACACAUACCCCCUAUGUCCGCCCAAACCAACACCUUAACCAUCGUCCACAGCAACGCGCAACCAAAUCUCGGGUACCUCAAAUACUUCUCUUACGACGCUACCGCCUCAAAUCCCAAACACCCUCUGCACACCCACCUCAAGACGCUCACAUGGCUGCAAAUGCUCUACCCGGAGGACGACCCAGGCUACCAAGAGCCCGAAACUCUCUCCGAUGACCUCCUCUCAACGAUGAAAUCAAGUAAACGCGGCACCUACUUCCGCAAACGAAGGCGAUGGGAACGAGUCAAGCGCGUCGUCCAAGAAACCCGUGCCGGGGGCUUCGACGGCCUCGUUGUCGCGAGCGUUAUGGAGCCCGCCACUGUUCUGCGUGCCUGCGUUCCACUAUUAAAAGGCGGCGCAACUGUAACCGUCUACAGCGCAAACGUGGAACCGCUCGUCGAGCUCUGCGACUAUUAUAGCAAAGAGCGCCGGACGGCUUUCGUAUCACGACAAAACAUCGACACGACAGAGCAGAGUCAAGACGCGAAUGAUAGCACGAAAGCAUUAGGGCCCGACGAAGCGAUAGAUCCAGACUUUCCCGUCAAUCCAACCCUCCUCCUCGCCCCUAGCUUGCAGACCGCGAGAGCACGCCAGUAUCAGGUCCUCCCAGGCCGCACGCACCCGCUCAUGACGAGCAGAGGCGGCGCAGAGGGAUUCCUGUUUACGGCGACGAGAGUUCUGCCUGUAGCUGGAAGGGUAGAGGCUCGGGGGACGUUUCGCGCGGGUAAGAAAAGGAAGAUUCAAGUGGAGCCUGAAAAGGGAGGCUGAGGCGGCUAGGUUGCGGCGAAGUGCUGUUCAUGCAUUUUUGGAUUGGAAAAUUGCAUUGAGGUAGCUUUUGCGUAGGUAACGUAAACGUCUUGAAGUGCCUCAGCUAUUUGUUUCUAUCUUUUCGAAUACGUUCUUAGUCUGCUCGAUGUGUCACGAAGCUCUCAGAAUAUAGAAACUACCUACUAUGCUUCCUACACAAUCACGCUGGCUGGGCGGGAGAGAAGUAGCACAAUCAUCAAGCACUCUGUCUCGUGUGUACACCUGACUGUCCCUGCUUGGGGUGCUUCAGCGCGUCUCCACAUAGCCCAAGGUGAAUGGCUUCCAUCUCGGUCAGAAUCCUGAAAAUGCAUUAAAGCGCCCCAAGCAGUGGCAGACAAGUGUACGCACGAGACAGCUUCUUGUAGAAUUAGAGUGCCACCUUUUCCAUGCCCCGCGUGACAAUCCAUUUCUUUCAGC